AUGGCGACGGGGAGACGGCCAGAUGUUCGGCUGUCUGGAGGGCAACGGCGGGCGCCGCGCGAGCGCCGCCAGGCUCAGCGUUGGGCCGCCCUCUCACGUGAGAGAUUGGCGCAGAGGCAGGCAGCGCAGCUCCUGGAGCUGCAGGGCCUGGCCGAGGCGCCUCCGAGCAUCCUGCGCCGCCUGGCGCUCGUUGCGCCCGUGCUUAUCGCGCAGGAGAAGGGCGAGCAGCUACAGGAGGGCAGGAUACUAGAGCGGAACGUCGGCUGCCACGCGCAGGACCUCCCGCGGCCUGGAGCUCCGCGGCGCGCCUGGCGGAUCGCCCAGCGCGGCCCGCGGCUCCCGCGCCCGCGGUCGCUCCUGUCUGGGUCGAGGGAUUUCCCGACUGGCUCGGCGGUCUCGCACGUCGCUGACGUCGAGGCCGCCCUUCUGGCGGAUUCCGCUGCCCGCGCCGCCGUGCACGCGGAGAGCGAGGGCCACGUGGAGCCUAGCGAGUACGUGGACACGCUGCGGCGCGAUGCCGACCUCUUCUGGCCGCUUCGGCCCCCGGGACGCUGGGACGACGGCGGAGUGGUGAUGAGCGGCACCGAGGAGGUCGGCACGGGACGCACGCCGCUGAGGUCGUCUGCUGAGCCUUUCCUGCUGUCGGGCAGCGUCAGCCAGCGACGGAGCGACGAAGGUGUUUUGUGCUCUUGUGGAGCAGUUCUGUACUCUUCCUGCCGUGCCGCCGCUGGUAUUGUGGGUAUUGUGCAGGCGGAUGAUGUGAGCCCUGGAGGUACUGCAGGCCGUGCGCCGCUGCCUCCCGCUACUGCUGCUGACGGAGGUGCCACUGCUGAUGUGCCAGGCGCGUCUUGCGACGGCUCCGACGUCGACGACGUUACCCUGGACGGUGAGGCCGACGCGGACACCUCGUGCUCGGUCGGCGAGCCGCCAGGUGCCGACCAUGCCGGUACUGCUGCAGCAGCCGCCGCGUACCUCGCCGCCUUCCCGCAGGCCCUCUUCAGCGGGGGCGGUGGCGGCUGGGGCCGCUGCGAGGUCGGGGCAGGGGACUGGUGGCGUGCGAGGGCCGUCGUUGCCCGCGUUUGGCUCACCACAGGUGCUGCGACGGUGCAGGAGAGCGGUGCUGCUGGAUCUGCCGCCCCGCCGCCGCCGCUGCCUGACGAUCUCUUGCGGGCCGAGUGCCAGAUGUCGGGGCGUGCCGCAGGCGCUGUGGCGCCGCCGCUGCUGCGGAGGGUCCGCUUCGCAGAUGCCCCGUGCGUGCUCGAUAUUGGCUGUUGCUCGGGCAUGCGUGGUAUCCUUCGGCGGGGGAGCGUGCCAGGGUUUCUGGAUCCCGCUUGGACGCGCCACGCCAAAGCUGUUGACCUGAUGCACAUGAUCGAAGGCGACUCCUUUGGCCUCACGGUUCCUCCCAUGCGGAGGCCGCACCAACUUCGUGCGCGAUUCGCGGAUGAGUCCCGUCUGGUUGACGCCCUUCCGCCAGGGAUGUCCGUUGAGCGUGCCAGAGAGAUCGAUCGUCUUAUCACAUUGUGCGGAGGGCAGUAA